CAUGAAAUUCGCUUAAGUUACAGCAGGUGCGUUUUCAUCCGGGAAAAUAGUGAAGGUUGAACAUUAUAGUUACAGUGUGAAUGAUUAAAUUGGAUCAGGUUUCAGCAGUCAGGUGUUCAAAGGCAAAAAUGAGAAUACAAAUGAGACCGUUGCGAUAAAAGUAUUUUUAUUAUUUGAUCCAUCAGAUAAUUGAUCGAAGCAAAAUUACAAAUGAAGUUGAAGAGUUCUUGUUGAAUUAAGAGAUUCGAGCCUUGUCACUGAUGAAUUCAGAUAAUGUAGUAAAAAUGUUUGAUUAUUAUCACAAACCAUAAUGCACUUACAUUAUCACCGAAUAUUGUAAUUAAGGUAUUAAAUAAGUCGAUCAUUGUAGGUAAUCUGGGAUAACUAAUCAAAAGAAAAUAGAGAAUUGAUGAAAUAGAGGCAAUUAAAAUAAUGAAGCACAUAGUCAAUGGUUUUAAGGAAUAAGUGGCUAAAGGAGUAAUUCACAGAGACUUAAAGCCAAUAAACAUUCUCAUACGAAAUGGAAUUCCUAAAAUAGCAGAUUAUGGAUUUUCAAAAAUGAUGAAUGCACCACCUGAAAAAAUCUACUAUAAUGUAGGUACAGCUUUAUACAUGUCUCCAUAAACUAUGAUUAAAAACAUUUAUUCUGAAAAAACUGACAUCUGGAGUUUGGGAAUCAUAUUCUAUGAGAUGCUGUACGGCGAAGUCCCCUUUUCAGCUCAGAGUGAAAAAAACUUGGCUUAAGUGAUGUUAAAAACUCAACCAUAAUUUCCCCCAAAUAUCCCAGUAUCAAAAGAAACAAUAGAGUUCAUUUUAAAAUGUCUAUCUGUUGAUGAAUCGAAAAGGUUCUCCUGCAGUGACCUAGAACACCAUCCCAUCUUCUAUCGUAGACAUACUAUGACUGCACCUCGCCCUAUAGCAGAUAGAAAUCCUUCUGUUAAAAAUAGAGAAAAUUACUCUCCUCAAAGAACCACAGAAUAUCAUCAUGCUCGCAAAAUUAAUUUCAUUGCCUAAACUGCAAUGCCUUAAUCUGCUUUAAAAAGUAGAGAGAGUGUUAGAUGUUUGACUUAGAACGAUGAAGUCAUGCAAGCGUAAUUCCAAUUUAUUGAAUUGAUGUUCAGAAUUCUAAGAAUACUUGACAAACAGUAAGUUCUAAAUUAAGAUUUGCAAAUCAAAUUAAAAUUCUUGAUCAUUAAAAACAUGUUCUUUAAGACUAUUUUGUUGAGAGAAGUAGUUGAAAAGAAGAAGAAUGUCUUACAAUUAAAUGAAUUUGAUACCUAUAUCGAGACAGUUGGAAAAUACUAAACUUAAGUCCAUGAGCUCUAUCAAAUUGCUAAAGAAUAUCAUGAUAAAUAAGUAAUUGCAAUAGUUAUUUUAGUAUUAAAUGAUCGAAAACAAUCAUACCCUUAAGCAAUCUGUGCUCAGAGAUCGAAGCUUUCAAAAAAUAUACGAAAACUUCAAAUCUGUGACUGAAAGCUAUGAAUUUUAUUUACUCUUCAGCACAUUGUUAUAGAGAUGCAUAAGAGAUUUAUUUAAUAAAUGUAAUAGCAGAUUAGCUGGAGCUAGUGAUUCUUAAUAACUCUAAUUGUAAGAUGAAACUAUGGUUUAUGUAUUGGAAUAAUUGACUUACUAUUACGGUUUAUUGAGGUUGAUUAUAGAGAAUAAUAGCAACAUUUAAAUUUUUACUAAAAAGGCUUAGAUUAGUAGAAUUUUGUAGGCCUCUCCAGAAUAAAUUACUAAAAGCAACCUGAUGAGUAUUAGAUAAUCAAUACAAGAAAUGAAAAUAUGAG